GCGUGCGGUGGAAUCCAUGGCAACACAAACUGAGAUUCUUUUUUUUAAUUUUUCCUCCCUGAACCGUCUGUUUCCGCCUGUCCAUUCCGUUACUCAUUUCUCCCCAUUACCGCCAUGUCCGACCUGGCAAGCAGUGUCUUGUCCGUAGCCAUGGUCUUGGCUCCUGUCAUUGGCUAUGUCGAUCAGUACCUCAUCAUUCGAAAAAAUCGUUCCAGUGCUGGCUUCAAUUCCUUGACUUGUGCCAUCCUGUUAUUUGCAAAUAUUCUGCGUGUUUUUUUCUGGUUUGGAAAACGAUUCGAUACCACGCUUUUGGUGCAAUCCAUUGUUAUGAUCAUUGCACAAUUAGUGCUACUGGAAGCGGUGAUACGAUACAAGCCCGAUUUUCUCAUUUACCGACGCGCUUCGAUCUCGUCCAUGUCGUCUGAAUCUUCUAUCGGUUCUUCUCUCUUGUCCAUGGCCGAUCGAACACGUUGGUGGGGUCGCAUUUCGUUGUGGGGAUGGCCUCAUUAUUUGGAUUACAUUAAUUGCUUGCUUGCAUUUACUACGCUGAUCGGGAUUUUGUAUGUGUUUCUGCACCCAUACCCUGUUUUUAUUGAAGUCAUUGGAGCCAUCUCGCUUGGCAUCGAAAGCACCUUGCCCUUACCACAAUGUCUUUCCAACUUUACUCGUCGAUCGACAUCAGGGUUCAGUCUUCUCGUCCUUGGCAGCUGGUUCCUCGGCGAUGGUUUCAAAGUCUUUUAUUUCAUUUAUACACAGGCGCCUCUACAGUUCGAUAUUUGCGGCGCUAUUCAACUCACCGUGGACACAGUCAUUGUCUUUCAGUUCAUUAUUUUCUCCUCCACCGUGAAGAAAUGGUUAGGCAUCUCGGCCCCCAACGUUUUUGAAGAUGAUCACGACGGUGCUGGUUACCAAACCAUUUCCUAACGCAAAAUACUCUGCCUCUCUAUCCUCCACAACAAUCCGAUCUUGAUUGCUCUCUUUUUUUUUGUAGAUACCAAUAGACAUGUUUCCAUUGAAUCCCUUCACUGCAAAAAUAUAUCUGAAAAUUUUGAUACACA